UCCCUGCACUUCGCCUUCAUCUGCUUCUUCCUUGUCCCCCUGUCACCAGGAUCCUAUCCUGUCUCUGUUCGAGUUCCCUCUGUCUGCUCUUUUACCUAUCUGAUCUUCUAUCAUCCUCCAUACCCGUGCCCUUCAGAAUAUGGACUCCCCCGCCCCUCCUGGACCGGUCGAUCCGCAGGAGCAGCCCAUUCUUGAAGAACUUCUCCGCAUUCGCGACUCUCUCCUAUUGUUGAGACAGGAUAAAUCGUCCUAUAUUAAGACUCGAGAUGUACUUCCCUAUUAUGAAGCGGUUAUUUCCCAGGUGGAAAAGCUCAAUGCGGCUCGGAAGGGCCAGGAUCGCCGGCUAGUACACCAUCGACGUUAGCACUGAGUGGGCCUUGCGCGUGAGGAUUAUCUAUUGUGAGAUGGACCUUUGGCUGACGCUUUUCUGUAUGCCUCUAGUGGACUAUGUGCUGGAUGAUUGUUUCCAGCUCAUCUCGUUGCUGUUUCUCACCGUGGGGAGGAAUAACGAAGCCCCUGCUGUGUAGGUUGCCCGUUCGUUCUGCGCCCUUAAGUAGCAGCUAACUGAGACGACUCUCCUUCAGAUAUUCUCUCAUGUCGACUGUUCAGCGCCUUCUCGAUCACCUAUCGGAAGCGGGAUUCUAUAGCACCAAAGACCUGAAUUCAAUUUCGACUACCCUUGGAAAUAUCCGCUCUAAUAUCGACCGUGGCCGUGAAACUUACUCGCCCGCUCUUCUCAACCUUUUGGAAAGCCGUUUGGAGACAUGCAAUCUUGCGUUGGAGAAGUUACGGAAAGACCUCGCUGUUUUGGCUCCCGAGCUUCUACCUACCCAUGAAACCCUGGUGUCGAUUCUACGAUCCGCGUCUGCCGUCAACACUAGACUACAGUUCUCUGCGGUAGAAGUGAGAGAGCUUCAAGAACAGCUAAAGAAGAUCAGGUCAUCAAUGAAGGAUGGGGAGUUUGUGGGCGCCAAUGGCGUCCCUCUUGCCGGCCAAGACGCAGUCAAAGACCUGCUGGAGCGCUGCUUGGAUUGGUCCAAUGUAGUGUUGGAACGGAACGGAGAAAUCAACCCAGCAUUCCAGGAUAAAUAUGAUGAGCUGCUCGACAUCCGCAACCAGUUGGAUCGGUUGUCCGUGACACAGGCUUGGUCUCUUCGUGAGACGGACUUGUUUGGAUUCCAACGGAAACUUGAUCGGAUUGACGAGGGUCGUGUGAACGGUAGCUUUGUGGAUGCGCAGGGGCAGCCAGCAGAUAUCCACACUCAACGAACCCUACUUUACCUGAUGCGACGCAGCUAUGCGUAUAUAUAUGCACUUCUCAUUUCGUCGGAACCAGUGUCAGAGGCGUUGUUACCUAUAUACAAUCAGUUGCAGACGUUGCGCCGCUGCCUGCUAGAAGUUCAAGAAUCGGGAGGGGUAUCAUCUUCCCGCGAACUUUAUCCGUAUAGCAUGAAGCUUAAUUCCAUUGACGACAUGCGAGUCGAUGGUAAAUUCUUGGUUGGAAAUGACAUUCCCGAAGGCCAGGGCAGAGUCAAUGACUUGCUAGCAGAAUGCUACGACAUCGUCUGGAGGCUGCGGGCUGCCGUUUCGGAAGUCCAACAAGAGCAAGAUGUAGCAGAAGACGCCUCCUAGAAGAAUUCCAAGUUCGUUAUGCUUUCUGCCUCGAUGGGCGUUUUUGCUUCUAUCCUCAUGACGGGUCGACAGGAGUUGGUACCUGCUUUUCUUCGUACAGAGUUUUUUGCUAUGCUAUAGGUGGAUCGCCUGCUAUCUGUCUGAACAUUUAUCUAUGGUUUCUGGAUUGCGUCGCGGGGGAGAAGGCGUUCUUUUACUUGGUAAAUCAACCACAUUUUAAUCCUGAUGAAAUAGCAAGUUCCAG